CGCAUCGGUGUUACGCAGUUUCGAAAGAGGAAGAGCUGCCAAAUCAUGUGACAUUUCUGCAUUAAAACCAAGCAGGAACACACAGAGGGAGGAAGCUGAACUUCUACAGCGAUGAAUCCACCUCAGAAAGGCAUGAUGUUCGGGAGCCUGCUGCUCGCAUGUCUGUGCGUGGGAGCAGUGGUCUCGCUCGACAGUCGUCUGGACAACCACUGGGAGCUGUGGAAGAAGACGCACGGCAAGAUGUAUCAAAAUGAUGAGGAGAACAUGCACCGCAGGGAUUUGUGGGAGAAGAACCUGAUGCUUAUUACUACGCAUAACCUGGAGGCUUCAAUGGGGUUUCACAGCUACGAUCUGAGCAUGAAUUUCAUGGGAGACCUUAGUCCAGAGGAGAUCCUACAGUUUUAUACCACACUUAUUCCUCCUACUGACCUCCAGAGGGAGCCUUCAUCCUUUGUAGGGGCAACAGGCUCUGAUGUACCAGAUACAGUAGAUUGGAGAGAAAAGGGCUUGGUCACAAGCGUAAAGAUGCAGGGUGCAUGUGGCUCCUGCUGGGCCUUCAGUGCUGCAGGGGCCCUGGAGGGUCAGUUGGCCAAGAAAACUGGAAAGCUCCGUGACAUCAGUCCUCAGAAUCUGGUUGAUUGUUCCUCCAAAUAUGGUAACCAUGGAUGCAAUGGAGGAUUCAUGAGUCGUGCCUUCCAAUAUGUUAUUGAUAAUCAGGGAAUUGACUCUGAGGAAGCUUACCCCUAUGCAGGAAGGGACCAGGAUUGUCGGUACAAUGCCGCAUUUCGAGCAGCCAAUUGCUCCCGAUACAGCUUUCUGCCAGAGGGGGACGAACAGGCUCUGAAGGAGGCAAUUGCAACUAUUGGACCUAUUUCAGUGGCUAUUGAUGCCAAGAGACCCAGAUUUGCUUUCUACAGAAGUGGAGUUUACGAUGACCCCACCUGCACCCAGAAUAUAAACCAUGCUGUCUUAGCUGUAGGCUACGGCACACUAAAUGGACAAGAUUAUUGGCUGGUGAAGAACAGCUGGGGAACAAAUUUUGGAGAUCAGGGCUACAUUCGGAUGGCCCGCAACAAGAACAACCAGUGUGGGAUUGCUCUGUAUCCCUGCUACCCCAUCAUGUAACUAAAGGGAAUAGAUGAUAAUCUGUACAAAAUUUUCAUUUCUAUCUCUAAAGUAAUCAAAUACUAGGUCUUGAAAACAGCACAUUUGUUUAGUUCCUUUGUUCCUAAAGGUUUUCCGUGAUCUGUUUCGAAAACUUUUUACAUUUCUAAUCUACAUGUGUUAACUGGAAUUCUUUUUAAGAAUGAAUGCUAAAUCCACUGAAACUAUUGUUUGUUUUUGUUAAAAAAUAAAGAGAGAUUAAUUUUUCAGAU